GAACAUCCAUGUGACGCAUUUCUCUUUGAAGCAACCAACAGUGUUCGACAUAUUGGACUUUUGUCCAUUUCCUGGGGAAUGCUUGCAGAUAUCGACUUGAAGAGUGAGAACUUGCGUUUUAUGGGUGGCGUCAGAUUCACGGUGGCAGCUGUGGCCUACAUUCUGCGUUAG